UCCCACUGACAUCACUGACACAAAAGAAACCAGGAAGUUAAGAAGAAAUUAUUACAGUCUGUUCAUAACUCAGGAUGUUAAAGGCAAUAGCCCGGGCUGGUUGGUUAUUCAUUAGCAAAAAGGAAAGAGCAGUGGAGGUCAGGACAGCCCAGACCACAGAGAUGCACCUGGCGCGGGGAGAGAGCGGCGGGCAAAGGCAAGACGGGGCGCUCGCACCUGGAGUUAAUCUCUUUUUCUCGGAAACUUUUUCAUGGGACAAGAGGCAAGAUGACUCUUUUCUGUUCUCAGACGUUUGUCUAAAUAAAGCCCUCUUAAAUUUAUUUUUGUAGUGGGACUCCUAAGCAGACAAGAAGAAAAGGCACCUUCCCGCCGAGCAGCUGCCCACCUCGCAGCCGAGUUUGCUGUGGGGCAGCCGCAUCGGCCGCACAGAGCGGCCGGUGAGUCUCCCCGAGCCGGUCGGCCGGACUGCUGUGAAGCAGGGCUUUGCACACUCUCCAAAGCCCCGGUGGAUUAGUGCCGAUUUCAAAGUUUCCUGGUGCAGGAAGAGAGAAAGUGGAUCUGCAGAGAGUAAGGGGAGGGGGAAGAGCCCAUCUCCCCUCCUCCCCACGGGGACACCAUGGGUAACGUCUGCCUGAGGCUCCGGGCGUACCUGGAGCCCUGGCUCCCCUGCUGGUCCCAGGAGGCGGAGAAGCCCACGGUGAUUGAUAACCCAUGGACUGGCAGCCCCCACGAUGGUCCCCGGCCACCGAGUCUGGAGCCAAAGGGAAUCCAGGGCCGCUACUUUGUGGCUCUGUUUGAUUACCAGGCCCGGACCGCAGAGGACCUGAGCUUCCGCGAGGGCGACAAGCUCCAAGUCCUGGACUCUUCCCACGAGGGCUGGUGGUUCGCCAAGCACUUGGAGAAAAGAGGAGAGGGCACCGGCCAGCAGCUGCAGGGCUAUAUUCCUUCUAACUAUGUGGCUGAGGUCACGAGCCUCCAGGCAGAGCCGUGGUUCUUUGGAGGAAUCAAGAGAGUAGAUGCAGAAAAUCAACUAUUAUAUUCAGGAAAUCAGACGGGUGCCUUUUUAAUCAGAGAAAGUGAAAGUCAGAAAGGCAACUUCUCCCUUUCAGUUUUACAUGAUGGGGUUGUGAAACACUACAGAAUCAGAACACUGGAUGAAGGGGGCUUUUUCCUCACCCAGAGAAGAACCUUUUCAACACUGAAUGAAUUUGUGAGUCACUACACCAAGACAAGUGAUGGCCUGUGUGUCAAGCUGGAAAAACCAUGCUUAAAGAUACAAGUCCCAGCUCCAAUUGGCUUGUCAUAUAAAACUGUGGACCAGUGGGAGAUCGACCGCAGCUCCAUACAACUUCUGAAGCGAUUAGGAUCUGGUCAGUUUGGCGAAGUGUGGGAAGGCCUAUGGAACAAUACCACUCCUGUAGCAGUAAAAACAUUAAAACCAGGUUCAAUGGAUCAAAAUGACUUCCUGAGGGAGGCACAGAUAAUGAAGAACCUAAGACAUCCAAAGCUUAUCCAGCUUUAUGCUGUUUGCACUUUAGAAGAUCCAAUUUAUAUUAUUACAGAGUUGAUGAGACAUGGAAGUCUGCAAGAAUAUCUCCAAAAUGAUGCUGGGUCAAAAAUCCACCUGGAGCAGCAGGUAGACAUGGCGGCACAGGUUGCCUCUGGAAUGGCCUAUCUGGAGUCCCAGAACUACAUCCAUAGAGAUCUGGCUGCUAGAAAUGUCCUUGUUGGUGAACAUAAUAACUACAAAGUGGCAGAUUUUGGACUUGCAAGAGUUUUUAAGGUAGAUAAUGAAGACAUCUAUGAAUCUAAACACGAAAUAAAGCUGCCGGUGAAGUGGACUGCGCCUGAAGCAAUUCGUGCUAAUAAAUUCAGCAUUAAGUCCGAUGUGUGGUCAUUUGGAAUCCUUCUUUAUGAAAUCAUUACUUAUGGCAAAAUACCUUAUAGUGGUAUGACAGGUACUCAGGUAAUUCAGAUGUUGGGUCAAAACUAUAGACUUCCUCAACCACCUAAAUGUCCACUGCAAUUCUACAAGAUCAUGUUGGAGUGCUGGAAUGCAGAGCCUAGGGAACGGCCAACAUUUGAGACACUGUGUUGGAAACUUGAGGAUUAUUUUGAAACAGGCUCUUCAUAUUCAUUUUCAGAUAACUUUGAUGAGCACUGAAGAAUAACAUCAAAUAAUAAAGUGGCAAUAAAUUUCAA